AUGGCUGACUGGGGCCCAGUGUUCGUCGCGGUGGUGCUCUUCGUGCUGCUCUCGCCGGGGCUGAUCUUCCAGAUUCCAGGGAAGAGCCGUGUGGUGGAGAUCGGAAGCAUGCAGACCAGUGGCAUGUCCAUCUUCUUCCACUCCAUCGUCUUCCUCGGCCUCGCUGCCGUCUUCAUCCUCGCUGUUGGCGUCCACGUCCAUUUGGGUUAGCAGAAUUCAACUUUGAUGUGAAAAUUGUGGAUUGCUCCGUAAAUUCCGGCUUUAGUUAUUGUACCCCAAUCAAUUAAUAGGCGUUGUUAUAAGCAAUUAAUAAUAUUAUUAUUUUUUAAUGGA